AGUGUUUGAAGUCAUUAUCAUGCUACGCAACAUAAAGGCUUACACCCAGCUUUGGGCCUAAUUAGUUCACUUAGGGCCCUUUAUAAGGCGCUGGUAGGGUGACUGGAAGGGACAGACACUCACUGAGAAGUCACCAGAUCAACAGGAUAGCGGCAGCAGCAGCAGACGUGGAUCCCUAAAGUUGACCUGCUGCCACACCAGAACAAAUCAAUCUGAAGAUUAUCUGCUUUUCUGAGAAUGCCACACUUAAGUGACUGCAGUUACUACACAAUGCGGGAUGCAACCAGAGCUUCAAAUGUACAGAGCCACCUGGAGAACUCCAAGUUCCAUCUCCACCAGAACCAGAAUCAGCCCGUGAAGCAGUACCUGACGCUGGGCUCCAAGCUGGCCUCCUCGGCCGCAUCGGGCCACGCCGUGCCGCAUCCGCACACCCCUGGCCAGGCACUGGCCACCGUGCCAAUCAUGAGGAAUGGACACAUGCCCCCCGUCAGUGACGGCAGCAACCCCAACAGCCCUGUUACCCUGCUUACAAUGGCCAAUCAUGACAGUGAGUUUCCAAUGGAUGAAGUUAUUGAUGACCUAAUUAGUCUUGAAUCCGAUUUCAAUGAUGGAGGCUUGGAUUGCAUGGAGCCUAACAUCAUAAUGCAAAACAAUGUGUCACUCAGCAGCAGCAUGUUGGACGUCUAUGGGGGUGAACAAGGUAUGAACGCCCCUAAUGGUGGACUGAGUCCUACAUCUAACCCUACAAAGCUCACUGUAAAAAGGGAAUACACAGAACACGACACAAGGGUGAUGGCCAAAGAAAGGCAGAAAAAAGACAACCAUAAUUUAAUUGAAAGAAGGCGAAGAUACAACAUCAACUACAGGAUUAAGGAGCUUGGAACACUCAUACCAAAAUCGAAUGAUCCUGACAUGCGGUGGAACAAAGGCACCAUCCUGAAGGCCUCGGUGGAGUACAUAAGAUGGCUGCAGAAGGAGCAGCAGCACGCACGGGAGCUGGAAAGCCGUCAGAAGAAGCUGGAGCAAGCCAACAGGAGGCUGCUGCUGAGGAUUCAGGAGCUUGAGAUUCAAGCAAGAGCUCACGGGCUUCCAAACAUGGCCACAGCCUUGGGGACGGUUGAACUUUCCUCCCACUUACUCAAACAACAGCAGCAGCAACAGCAGCAGCAGCAGCAGCAGCAGCAAUCAUCUCCCCAGGCCCAGCAACCUCAACAGCCAACUCUCUACCAGGAGGACAUCAACAAUGACUACCUCCAGAGGAUAGCUGUGGUGAGUGGCGUGCCAUCCACUGCCACCAUAAGCGGGCCGCAGGAUCACAUUAGCGGUGCAGAUGCCUGCACCACAUUCUCCGACCCGCUGUCCCAUUUCACAGACUUCUUCACCACCACACUUAAGGAGGAACACCAGCUGGAUGAGAUCCUGAUGGAUGACCCGCUGUCACCGUUUGGCACCGAUCCGCUCCUGUCGGCCGGCUCCCCCGGAGCUGCAUCCAAGGACAGCAGCCGCAGGAGCAGCUUCAGCUCUGCCGAGGGUGAUGACCUAUAAGGGUGCCCUCAGUCCUGUUAUCAUCUGUAAUCCCCGUUGGUAAAGGGCAUACAUACAGCCUUUAAAGGACUGAUUGAUGGCUCCGGUCACACAUUUAAGACAUCUAAUCAGGUUGCAAGUAAUUUAAAAAAAUGACAUCUGACAGCACUCCUUUAAAGUGCCACCUGUGCAUUAAGUGUGUAGAUCUUGUUGAUCAGUUGGGUGUUGGAGCAACCAAAAACUGACAUUCUCCAAAGCUCAGCGGGAACAGAAUCAUCCCGUGAACACGCCAUGGACCGCCUGCUCCUUUUAACUCUACUAGAGACAAUUUCCACUAUUCUCUGCCUCCCAGACCGAGCUGAACAACACUUGUAAGAAAAAGGGAGACAAUUAUAAGUUCAUAAUGUUAAUGACUACUGUUUUUUUUAGCACACUGUGGUGGCAACACACUGUAACAUAUGCAAAAUAACCACUAAAAACAUACCAAAAGUAUUUCUUUUAAUGAAAGUAUUACUUCUUUACAAAAGAAAUUUCUUUAAUAAGUUGCAGACAGUUGCAUUGUAUGACGUGCCUUAUUUGACACCCCCAUGCCCCCAGUUUUGUCUUCAAAGAGGCAAGUGAUGUACUCACCCCAAAGCCUAACAUGUCCCCGUCUGUCUUUGAAGCGUUUUUGUUUGAUACCAUGCUGUAUUUAUAUGUUUUAAUCCAUGUAUUCAUAAAAAAAUAUAUAUAUUAUUAUCUAACACCUUUUUUUAU